CGUCUCUCAAAGGCUCACGGCGCCGUGCCACUGCUGCAAGGUUCAUUAAGGCGACUCAACGUUGGGUAAAUGAUCCUGAAAGCUCGCAUCUUUGUUCAAGUCGACGAUUUUCAAGACCAUUGUCACGGCUUCGAUGCCGCCCUUUAGAAAGUGGCACCGGUCACCUCAUUUUCAAGCCUCGAGCUUCAGCUGCGGGCGAUAUAAAUGGGCGGUCUUCUCCAACACUCUAACAUUUUCCCCCUCACUCGACUGCACCUAAGCGCCUUCUCCCGCCAUGGAUAUAAACUUAGUCUGCUGGAACUAUCUCAAUGGCUAUUGCCCGUACGGAAUCACUUGUCAGCACUUCCACCCUCCGUUCCCGAUUUUUCCAGCGCAAUUAGCAAAUACGUUCCUGUGCCCCCAGCCCUUCAUGCCCAUAGAGCCUGUGAACUGGUAUACGGCCAUAUGCAAGCACUUCAAGGAAAAACGACGGUGCCCGCUGGGUCAGGGCUGUCGCUUCAUACACGAUCCGACUGUGAUGAAAUUCAAAGAGCUCAACCCUCGCGCUGAAAAUUCGGCUCGUCACUGUUGGGCGUACGUUCAAGGCCGAAAAUGUACCCUCGGAUCUUGCUCGUUCUCUCACCCCGCCGAUACGCAGCCUUUUAAAAAGUACACUCCUUGUCCCGCAUGGCCCUCUUGUCUGCCAGGCUGCGAAUUCAAGCAUCCUAUAUCAGUUCAAGCAUCGUUCUACAAUCACCAGGCGCCAAACUUGUCAACGAUUCAGCCUCAGCCUGCACCGACCGCUGUCCGUGUACGAGUGGCACGAACAAACUUGGAUUCUGCACCAUCGUUCAUGGAAACGAACGAUACCAUCGACGCAAUAUCACACGCAUCCACUUCACCGGUGAUUUGCACUGAAUAAAAGAAAUCCUGUUUAUACACUAGAAUCCCAGCUGGGUGUAUAGGUACAACUAAUGGAGCACGAAGGUUAGUAACGCUAAAUUGUACAAUGUUUGUGAAUGCAAAUGUGCGACCAGAAGAUUAAUAGAACCGAAGACGGAAAUGCUC